CCGACACCUUAGGCGCUCCAUUCAUGAUCACCAGUUUUCAGUCAAGAGCAUAAGGAUUUAGAGUGCGCCAAACCCUCGAAGAACAACCUCAAAACAGGGAGAAGGUGUACUAACAGUGCUCCUCCGCUUGUAAAAAUAACGCCUACUCUCAUGCACACCGUCUCCAUCUAACACUCUAUCACAAUAAGUACACUUGGCGGGGCCCGGGGGUCAAAAUAUACCCUAGGGUAGGGGUUUACGCCAACCGUUCUCUUCGCAACCCCAUCCAUGAAUCCCCGGUGACCGUUAGGUUGUGCGAGCAGGGCACAGAAGGUGGUUAGCAAAAUGAGUGUCACUGUCCACAUCGACAGUAAUGUCGCAGAAGCAGGGUCCACACAGAUCAACAAUGUUAGCCUGAACACUACGUACACCGUCGACGAGCUUGACCGUGCUUGUCUCAACGCUUUACGUUGUCCUAACACGCUGGAGGUAAUGACAAGGUUGAAAGAGAAAGACAAGCUACGGUAUGAGUCAAUCAACUGGAUCAUGUAUGACCCACAAUAUUUGCGAUGGCAGAACGACAGCACUGUCUCUCUACUUUGGAUCAAGGGCGGCGCUGGCAAAGGCAAGACGAUGAUGACGAUCGGUCUUAUCGAGACGCUUUCCAGAGUUCGCGAACCCCCUCCGAUACUGGCCUACUUUUUCUGCCAGAAUACCGAAUAUGAGCUUAAUACCAUCGAUGGUAUCCUAAAAGGACUCAUUAUGUGUUUGGGGAAACAAGAGAAGGAGCUCAUGGAGCCACUGCGCCGCCGUUGGGACGCGGCGAAAGGGCAGUUCAAGGAGAAUCUCACCUCAUGGCGAGCGCUCUGGGCCGUCUUUUUGGAGAUGUUAGAUUGCUGCAGAAGCCGCAGAAUAUCGGUAGUAGUGGAUGCUCUCGAUGAGUGCCGAGAUCAGACUCUGGCUGAAUUUCUGAGGCUCAUUGUCCGAACCGGGCUCGCUCCGAACAUCAAAUGGCUAGUGACAAGCCGGCCAUUAGACAGUGCCGAACAAGAGUUACUCUCUGGAUCGGACCAGGUCAUGGUCAGCUUAGAUCUGAACUCGGAACACGUUGCUCACGCUGUAAAACGAUACAUCGGUGCGCGAGUGUAUGAACUCGAUCGUCGCCACAAGUACGGACUAGUUUUGCGCCAGGAACUGGAGACUAAGCUUACGGAGAAGGCUGCCGAGACAUUCUUGUGGGUCAGCUUGGUAUGCAAGAGGCUCGAGGAGGUUAGCAAGGCCAAUGUCUUAGACGUCAUUGACGAGUUACCGCCUGGGCUGACCCCCUUUUAUCGUCGGAUAUUUGCCGAGCUCCGUAGCGGACAGCCAGCUGUUGUUGCGGGAUGUAUGAGACUGUUGAAGGUGAUGUUGUUGGUCCAUCGACCACUGAGAGAGGAGGAAGUGAGUAGUGUAACAGGCUGGUCUUCCGAGGAAGCCACUGUUGAGGACUUAGUCGACCGAUGUGCGUCCUUUGUUAGGAAACGAGGAAGGAGCAUCGAGUUCAUCCAUCAGUCGGCUCAAGACUACCUGAAAGAGGAAGCACACUCUGCUCUGGACUCCUACGGAAACUACGGACACGGCGAGAUUGCCUCAAACUGUCUGGAUUAUCUAUUUGAGCAUCUUCAGGUUAAUAUCCUCGGUCUUCGGCGACCCAAAUCAGAUUGCACGUUAAUAAGCGACAUUCAAGAGGAGAAAACGGAUUCAAUCUUGGAAAGCUUAGACUAUGCCGCCACGUUCUGGGCGAAACACCUCGGGGAUGCUGGAGGAGGAAUGCUGGCACGCAGUCUUUUUGAUGGACACGAUAAGAUUACGGUGUUCCUACGUACCAAACUACUAGAAUGGCUUGAAUGCCUAAGCCUCCUGGGUCAGUUAGGGCACGCUAACAACGCGCUGAUCAUUAUUCUCGAAGGAUCACGGGACGGUCCUUUGAAGAGGCUGGUGGGAGAUGCUAUACGUUUUCUUGCACGACACUACGAUACAAUAGAACUAUGGCCGUUACAGAUCUACAGCUCUGCAAUAAUCUUCAGCCCGCGGAGAAGCAUAAUAAAGGAAUGCAACCUGGACAAACUUCCAAGGUGGCUGAGAAAUAAACCCCAAGUGGAAGGAACUUGGUCCUCCUCGGCGGAACAUACUGGUACCCCGGUGUGGUUCGCCAUGGACCUCUCGCCGGACGGCAAGCGGAUCGCGGCAGGCGGGAUACGAGGUGCCAUCCAUCUGUGGCACAUAAUGACAGACAGUGUACAAAAAAUGCUAGCACCUCACCAAGCCCCUGUUACGUCUGUCGUUUUCUCUCCAACCGGCACGCCGUUGGCAUCGGGCUCCCUGAAUGGCACGAUCAAGUUGUGGGAUGGGAUGACGGCGGAUCUACAAGAGACGCUAGCUGACCACACGAAGUGCAUUACUGCUAUCGACUUUUCGCCAAACGGUGAGCAGAUAGCGUCAAGCUCAUGGGAUGAGACUGUCAAGCUGUGGGAUGCGAGAACAGGUGGUUUACAGAAGACUCUGUCAGGUCACUCAGACAAGGUUACGGCGAUAGCGUUCUCGCCUGAUGGCAAGUUGAUCGCGUCAUGCUCUGAUGACCAGACGAUUAAGCUGUGGGAUGCCACGAGAGGCUAUCUACAGAAAACGCUUAUAGGGCACCAGAGAGAGGUCUCAGCUAUAGUCUUCUCGCCUGACGGAAAGGAGCUGGCGUCGAGCGGCGCGGAUGGGUUCAACGUCUGGAGCGUGAAGCUGUGGAAUGUAACUGAGGCGUUGAAAUUCUCAAGGUUCUUUGGAGGAACGCUCAGCAAUUUCCUUGGUUUCCAAUCCUUCCUGGAAAUCAAAACACCGAGAUUUGUCAGGCAAAUGGCGUACCAUAAAAGCGGACGGUUUCUCAUGACCAACAUUGGUCCUAUCUCAAUUGAGGAUGUGACGAGGUAUGCACCAAGUCCGGGUCCAAGUUCGUUAGAAGAACUUUGGUGUGGAGACAAUUGGCUAUGGUAUGGAAGAACCCGAAUUAUCAGACUGCCAAAUCAAUACGUUAUAGGUUGGAGGGAAAGAGGUGACGAAGCAGCUGUGGCUUUCUCUUCGGGCCUUAUCUUGAACCUUAGCAUUGAUCGUGAAGAGUUAGCUAGGACACUACAAGGUUUGGCGGACUGAACGUCACCUUGGGCCAGAUUAAUAAAACGCCCGUUGU